GAGCCUUAUCCCAAGUUUGGCCAGUUACAUACAUACAUAUCCUGUCUUCACUCUCUCUCAACACAACGCGUUUCACUCUCUCCUCUCAUCCAAAAAUUUCCAGCGUCCACAACUCACAACAAAAACCAAACUCUCUCUCUCUCUCUCUUAAUGGCUUCCAUAUCUGCUCCUACCCCAAGCCCUCACAAGCUCCACUUCUCCAACCCCAAACCAUACCCUUCCUCCGUCGGGAAAAGACCAUUUUACCCUUUUUCUUCCCCUUCCUCCCAAACCCGCUUCAGGUUUCCCGAUUCGGCCCUCUGCCGAUGCCAGAACCCUUCUUCUUCCUCCUCCUCCGAGUCAAUUCAGUGGAGAUGGGACUCUGCGAUCCAGGGCCUCAUCCAAAAUGCCAUCGAACGCUUCGAUUCCUACUUCAAUUUUAAACCCCAAGGAGAUUCCCAAAACGCACCGUUUGAGAGCGGUAACAGGGACGAGCCUGAUUGGGACUGGGAUCGCUGGCGCCAGCAUUUCCUUGAGGUCGAAGAACAAGAGCGCCUUCUCUCUCUUCUCAAGUCACAGUUGGGUCGUGCUGUGUAUACAGAGGACUUUGAGGAUGCUGCUAGGCUCAAGGUUGCAAUUGCCGCUGCAGCUACAAACGACGUCGUUGGCAGAGUCAUUUUUCAUCUCAAUAGAGCUGUACAGGAAGAGCGAUACCAGGACGCUGCAUUUUUUCGAGAUAAUGCUGGUGCUGGAUUGGUGGGUUGGUGGGCUGGCCUUUCAAAAGAUAAGAAGGAUCCUCAUGGUUUAAUUAUACGGGUAACUGCAGAGCAUGGAAGAUAUGUCGCAAGGAGUUACAGUCCCCGGCAGCUUGCUACAGCUGCAGCUGGUGUACCAUUGUUUGAGAUAUUUGUAACAGCAAAUAAGAAUGGCGAAUACAGACAGCAGGCUGUGUUUUUAAAGCGAGGAGGAGUUUUUGAGGAUUCUUCACCAGUUAGCUCCAAGCCAUUGGAUGCCACUAGCAGCUUGAAUUCUUUAGAUUCAACUGAAGAAAAAAGUGAUCUACUUGUUGCAGGCAGUGAAGAUGCUGAAGAUGGUGAUGAUGGGGAUGAUGACUCUGAUCUUUCUGAGGGACUUUCUGGUUUUCAGAGUAUCUUGAGAGAUAUGAUUCCUAAUGUGAAGGUCAAGGUUUUGAAAGUGACAUCACCAGGGAAGGUAGACAGGGAUCUAAUAUCGAAAGUGAUUGAACAGAUUAUUGAGGAAGAUGAUGAAGAUAAGGAUAGUGAAAUAGAGAGUUUAGAAGCUGAAGAUGAUGAACAGGUUGAGGAUGACGAAGAGACAGAUGUGAUUGAACUGGAUGCUGAUCCUGGAAUUAUUCAAGGUGCAGAGCGACGUGAAAUUGCAGUUAAAGUGGUUGUUGGUGGUCCUGGGCAGAAAAUAUCAAGCAGGCCCCCUACGAAAAAUUUGCUCCGAGUACCUGCUAAAAUAGAGAAGAAGGGACGUUUAUCAUUUUCCUUUACUGUUGAGAAAGAUAUUGACCAACAGGAUUCCCAAGAAAAGGAACGGUCGUCAGUAGAUAAAAAAGCUAAACUUGGAGGUCAACGUAGCAUUGACAAUGUUAUGUUUGAUCUCGCUAAGUUCAUUGGUAAAGAGAAGAUACCAUUGAAGGUACUCAAGGAUGUUGGCGAGUUAAUAAAUCUUGCUCUUAGCCAGGUUAACAACCAUCAACCACUGUCAGGAUCAACCACUUUCAAUCGCAUUGAAAUGCCUGAUUCUCCAGAUCCUUUAAAUGGACUUUACAUUGGUGCACAUGGGCUCUACACCUCAGAAGUGAUUCACCUUAGACGUAAAUUUGGUCAAUGGAAAGAGGAUGGUGGUACUCAGAAGCCUUCAAACCUUGAGUUUUAUGAAUAUGUAGAAGCCUUAAAACUUACUGGGGAUCCUUAUGUACCUGCUGGCCAGGUGGCAUUUCGUGCAAAGAUUGGGAAACGAUAUCAGCUUCCUCAUAAAGGGAUCAUACCAGAAGAAUUUGGAGUGGUUGCUCGAUAUAAAGGGCAGGGGAGACUUGCUGAGCCAGGGUUUCGCAAUCCUCGAUGGGUUGAUGGUGAACUUGUUAUUCUUGAUGGAAAGUACAUUAAGGGUGGACCUGUUGUUGGAUUUGUUUAUUGGGCUCCGGAGUAUCAUUUCUUGGUGUUCUUCAAUCGACUGAGGCUUCAACAGUAGAUUUCCAUUGUACAUAAUGCUCAAGUUUGUUGAUAUUUUUUGUUCAAAAUUUUGUAGGUUUUGCAGUUAUUUAUUAGAUAUCUAUCUGAUGGGCUACAUAUCCAAUGCUCACUCAACUGACUGGUGCACUUGCAAGCAUGUUGACUCAAAAACAACUACUCAAGCUUUGGAAUGCAAUAGAAUAGAUAAAGCCCUUCUGUUGACCUGUUUCCAGAAAAUGGUUUUCUGUCAAUGUAUGUAUUUAACAUCUACCAUACCAUCAAUGUUUUAUUUCAGUUAUUAUAAAUUAAAGUUAUUGCUUUGAGCAGUCUAUUUCUUAUAGCCUGUUCUUGAGUAGUCUUCAUUCUGUAGAAGCAGUUAGCACUUGUGAAAUACAUGAACUAUAGAUGUGAGAAUUUGAUUCCUGUGGAUAUUGGUUGGGCUCAUUCAAUGUGAAUAAUAGAAAUCAAAUGCAA